AUGUUGUGGAAACGUAAUUGCGCAAGAUUGAUCAAGCCUAUUGCACACCCCAAGGGAAGGCUGCUGAGAAGAUCGUGCUACAGAUAUGCCUCAACUAGUACGGGCAGUAGCAGCAGUAGCAGCAGUAGCAGCCAGUGGUUAAAGUAUUCCGUCAUCGCUUCUUCAGCUACUCUAUUCGGCUAUUUGUUCGCGAAGAACCUCUAUUCUCGGGAAACCAAGGAAGACCUUAUAGAAAGGCUUGAAAUGGUGAAAAAGAUCGAUCCGGUGAAUUCUACGUUGAAGUUGUCCUCUCUGGACUCACCGGAGUAUCUGCACGACGCAGCCAAAAUCGAUAACGUUGUCGAGGAGCUGAAAAGCUUGCUUGGAAACAAUGCUGAUAACUACUCUGAUUCAAAGUCUGAUUUGGACGCGCAUUCAGAUACGUACUUCAACACACACCACCCCUCGCCUGAGCAAAGACCGAGGAUUAUAUUAUUCCCCCAUACCACAGAAGAAGUCUCCAAAAUUUUGAAAAUAUGUCAUGAUAACAACCUCCCAGUCGUGCCCUUUUCGGGCGGGACCUCCUUAGAGGGACAUUUCCUACCCACCAGAAUCGGGGAUACUAUUACCGUGGACUUGUCCAAGUAUAUGAACAGCAUCGUGAAAUUUGACAAACUGGACUUGGACAUCACUGUCCAGGCUGGUCUACCUUGGGAAGAUUUGAACGACUUUUUGGGAGAGCACGGCCUGUUGUUUGGUUGUGACCCUGGUCCAGGUGCUCAAAUCGGUGGUUGUAUUGCUAAUUCUUGUUCCGGUACCAACGCUUACCGUUACGGUACCAUGAAGGAAAAUAUCAUAAACAUGACUGUAGUGUUGCCGGACGGUACCAUCGUUAAAACGAAGAAAAGACCCAGAAAAUCGAGUGCAGGCUACAAUCUAAAUGGCUUGUUUGUGGGGAGCGAAGGCACCUUAGGUAUUGUCACUGAGGCUACUGUCAAGUGUCACGUCAAGCCCAAGGCAGAAACUGUCGCUGUGGUAUCCUUCGAUACUAUCAAGGACGCUGCUGCAUGUGCCUCUAAUCUAACACAGAGUGGUAUUCAUUUGAACGCCAUGGAGUUAUUGGAUGAGAACAUGAUGAAGUUGAUCAACGAAUCUGAAUCCACGGACAGAUGCGACUGGGUUGAGAAACCAACUAUGUUUUUCAAGAUAGGCGGAAGAUCUUCUAAGCUCGUCAAUGCUCUUGUGGAGGAAGUUAAAUCUAUAGCCCAGUUAAACCAUUGCAACAGUUUUGAUUUUGCCAAAGAUGACGACGAAAAACUGGAGUUAUGGGAAGCGAGAAAGGUGGCAUUAUGGUCGGUGCUAGAUGCCGAUAAGAGCAAAGACAAAUCUGCAAAAGUUUGGACCACCGACGUAGCUGUUCCAGUGUCACAGUUCGACAAAGUUAUUCACGAAACCAAAGAGGACAUGCAAGCUAGUAAAUUGAUCAACGCCAUCGUUGGACAUGCUGGUGAUGGUAACUUCCAUGCAUUCAUCGUCUACAGAACCCCUGAAGAACAUGAAGCCUGCAGUCAGCUUGUGGAUAGAAUGGUCAAGAGAGCACUAGAUGCUGAAGGUACUUGUACAGGUGAACAUGGAGUGGGUAUCGGUAAAAGAGAGUACUUGCUUGAAGAGCUCGGCGAGGCACCUGUUGAUUUGAUGAGAAAGAUUAAGCUGGCUAUUGAUCCAAAGAGAAUCAUGAACCCGGACAAAAUCUUUAAAAUUGAUCCAAAUGAGCCUGACAAUGACUACAGAUGA